UAAUAUUAAAGAAAAAUUUAAAUUGGAAGUGUAUACAGUAAAAAAACAACAAAUAUGAUUUUCUUACAAAAAUUGAUAAUUUGAUUUCAUGUAUCGCUACGACAUCGAUCUAAACAUCAAUUUAAAGGCAGUUUUUUGAGUUUGAAUUUUUUUUUUGAUUUUUUUUUCCCAAUUCUUGUCGAGUUUGUGCGUUUAGCUGUGAAUUGAAAUAAGUUUGUGGGGUGUUACCGCCCCCGAUGGACCUCCGAUGGGCGUGCCUGCUGCUGCUGAUGUCGUUGAUUUUGGCGACUUGUCCAGGAGGGAGCCACCCCCAAAUAAGACCACCGACGGCCACAGCCGCGCCCAUUGUCAUCCUGCCGAAGGUGGUGGGCGGCUACUCGGUGACCAUUGACCAGGUGCCCUUUCAGGUGUCCGUGCGCCAGCGAUCGAUCCACGAGCGGCACUACGGGAUGGGCCACGUGUGCGGCGGAGCGGUCAUCUCCCAGCGGGUCAUCUGCUCGGCGGCCCACUGCUACGCCAUAAAUACUUCGCUACCGUUGCACUAUCGUGAUCCGGAACUAUAUGUGGUCGUAGGCGGCAGCAGCUCCAUCGAUCGGGUGGAUAGAUUCACCCAGGAAUACCUGGUGCAGCGGAUCAUCGGCCACGAGCGGUACAACAGCACUACGCUGGAGAAUGACAUCGCCCUGCUCUUCCUCAACGGCUUCAUUCCGUGGACUUCGCCUGCGGUGCGGUCCAUUCCUUUGGCCAUCGAUGCGCCCAAAGAGGGCACCACCUGCCUCAUCCACGGCUGGGGAAAAGUCUCUGGGCGUAUGCACCCACAGAGGCAGAAAUCGGCUUCGCUGCAGCAGGCUCCAGUGCCGAUUCUGAAAAGGGAACUGUGCCAGGUGAUCUACAAGCUGCCCGCCUCCCAGAUGUGCGCCGGAUUCCUGCAGGGCGGCAUCGAUGCCUGCCAAGGGGACUCCGGCGGACCGCUGAUCUGCGACGGACAUCUGGCCGGGAUAAUAUCGUGGGGCGUGGGAUGUGCGGAUCCUGGAUAUCCGGGUGUCUAUACAAAUGUCUCGAACUUUGUGGAAUGGAUCCGGGCGACCAAUGAAUCGCUGGACUAUACAGAGUAUCGGGUUAUGUUGCCGCUAAAUCUGGCCAGCCGUCGAUCUAUAUCAUCGCAGUUUUUGAAUCUUGUCCUUCUGGGGUUUAUCUUCGGCCUUCUUUGACGAUGGCACAGCACAAUAAAUCGCUUUCUCUUGUCUGUUUAACAACUGAUUUAUCUAAUCGUGACGCGAAGGAGUUGGGAGGCACCCACUUGUAGAUUGGCCAACUGCUGACGGUGAUCGACGACAUUGAUGACAUCGGAUAGGUUUACAUAGGGGUACGAAGUGGGUGUGAAUAGUACCCUGUA